AUGGCUGAUGAAGAUUAUAAAGAAAAUUCAGAAGAACCAUUAUCGAAAAAUAGAGAAAAUUUAGUAGACGUUGAUGAUUCAUGUGAAUCUGUUUAUAAAUUCCUCGAAGCAUUCGCUGCAAAUGAAGAAUAUUUCGAUAAAUUCCAACAAAUUCAAUUCCAAAUGAGUCAAAACGAACUGGAUUUAAUGUUAUCAUUCUUUUCAAUAGCAGAAAAUUACUUUGAUACACUCGAUGAGACUCAAAACGCAUUAAUCAUUUAUCAUAUUUCUGAAUUCACUUUAAAAUUAGCAUCAAUCAAAGAGUAUGCAACAAUGAUACUAAAAAUUAAAUUCCUAAGACAUUUUUUUACAAAAAUAUUUGAUGAUGAAAUAACAAUCAACGUUUUACAGAUUGUAGAUCUUUUAGUACAAAACGCAGAAAAAGGAGACCUCAAGAACAUUGUUGAACAAAGCUAUCACAUACAAUUAAUGUACGUUUUUGAAAGAUUUCAAGAUUUUCAGGUUCGAAAGAAUAUAAUCAUAAUUUUACUCAACUUAUUUACUUUUCUUAGAUCAUCUGGCGAAAAGUUCAUCGAAUUUUAUGAAUUCACUCAAUUAUUGCAUUUAUCAAAUAUUAUUCUUGAAUCAAAUGAUACAGAGGCCUUAGCAUUAUAUGUUCACCUUUUGUCAAGCGUAUUUUCAGUACUCGAAGACAUCCAAUUCGUUGAUACUGAUAUUCAGCAAAUUUUUUCUUUAUUUGGUAUUUGUAAACAACAACAACUUGAUGUAGAGAUAUUUGAAUGCAUAACUUACGUUAUAACUCAUCUUGAACCCGGUUCUGAAAUCCCUGUAAUUAAAGAUUUUAUGAAUAUUCAAAUUUUACAGGACUACUGCAACAAGCCAAUUGAAUUCCAAAUUAAUGCAUUAUUAAUCAUAUUUAAGUACUCCACAUUUGUAUUUAAAUCAAAAACAGAAGAAAAACACGUUGAUUACAUUUUUGAGUUGUUAUACGUUGUUUCUUACACUUUUGAUUGCUUGAAUAUACAAAGCAAGCUAAAAUUGGUUCCUUUGGUCAAAGAAUUGAUUGAAACAAGAAAUAUUGAUUUAAUUAUUGAAUUAUAUAAUAUUCAAUUAAUACAACAAAUUUUUGAUUUGCUUGAGACUGAUUUGAAAGCACUUGCAAAGGAUAUUUGUCGAAUGAUGCUUUGCAUCUACCAAACUUGUAAAGAAGCAGGAAAAAUAGAAUUUCUGAAAAAUUUAUUAGAAGAAAUGGACUGUUUGAAUGUUAUUGAUGAAUUUAUUUCAUCCAGUAAUGAUGAUGAAACAUGUAAUAGAUUUUCUCAAUUAUUAACAUUAAUUGAAGAAAUUCAGCCAGCUGAAUAA